AUGUCUUAUGAAUUACUGGAGGAAGUUCCAGAAAGUGCCAACAAGGUGACGGAGGCAGAGCAGAAGAAGAAGUGGACCCUCUGCAAGUUCACCUGUGGCCGCGUGGACCUCGUCCAGCCAUUGGACACGGCCUAUCAGCAGCUGAUGCAGCUGUACAGCCUGGGGCGGCGGCGGCGGAGGAAGCUGCACUCGCUGCUGAGGCGCCUGCAGGAAGUCAAGACAGAGGCGCCACCCACGGAGGAGCGCGGAGGAGCCAGAGGUGGUGAAGACGCUCUGUGCCAUGUGAUCAUCCUGCUCAAGAUGGUGGGUAGCAUGGUGGGCGUCUACAAUGGCAAGACCUUCAGUCAGGUGGAUAUGAAGCCUGAGAUGAUUGGCCACUACUUGGGGGAGUUCAUCACCUACAAGCCUGUGAAGCGGCCAGGCAUCAGGGCCAUGCACUCCUCCUGCCUCAUCCCCCUCAAGGAGCCGUCUGGCCAAUGA